UUGCAAAUCUUCUGCCUGCCAAUCCUUCCCUUCCUCCCACAUGGUCUGUUCGUCCUGUGCGCACCAAUCGCACUUCAGCCCUGCAUGAUCUGAUGCAUGGGUCUUGCCUGAUCUUACUCCUUCCGAGUCGUUCGUCACUUCGACCACCACCACCAUCCUCCGCACUCGUUCUUUUCUAUACACCUCAAUCUCACUCUUCUCCGAUCUCUGUUGUAUGCAUGAAUUGCUGCUGUACCUAAAGUAGUGUCUCCGGAGCUUUUCGUCUCCAGCCUCUCACUCCGCUACGCUCUUUGUCACUCUUUGCUGCUUCUUUUUUUUUCUCCCUCCGUCCUCACUCGUUCAUUUACCUAUGCGCCCUCAUUACUUCCGACUUUGUCUUUCUCCAGUUUCCCUCUGAUUCCGAUCCCAAUCGCUCUUCGGAUCAUGGCAAUUGCUAUUUGUUAAGAGUUGCGUUAUAAUUCUCCUAGAUACGACAAGAUACCCUAUUUCGCUAUGAAGUCCCUUCGCUAUAUUCUCCUAAUAUUCACCUUCAUCGUCCUUCUCACUCCUACAUUUGCCUUGCGACCCCAUUACAACGUGCGACAAGACGAAAACACCAACGACGAACAUUCACAAACCGAAAUUAUAUCCAGCAGUGCUCCUGAAUCCACCAGAGACCCCAGUCCACCAUCGUCAGCUCACGAUCAACCCGCUACUGCGACCAUACAGCCACCCGCAACAAGCACCAAUGCUGACUCCAACGCUCCAACCGCGAUCGGUCAGAACCCUGAUCCCACGGCGACUUCCGAAAUAUACGACAAUGCUUCCGGGGAACUGCCCAUCACACCUCGACUCUCUCCAGCUGUCGGUGUUGGUGGAGCCAUCCUGCUGUUGACUGGUGGAGCUUAUGGGUUUAUUGGUGUUCGACAUGAGAUGGUACAAAUCUUCUUCUCCACUGCAUAUCUCGCAAGUCUGUCUGUCACGGUCCUGAUCGAGUAUGUUGUGAAGGAAGAUGUCAGUGAUGGUGUCCAGGGUGGUUAUUUGGUGGCCAUUACGAGCGCUGGAUUGAUCUUUGGCUGUCUGACCUUCAUCUUUAAAGACAUGGUGGAAGGCUUGUGCUGCUUACUUGGCGGCUUUUGCCUUGGCAUGUGGUUCCUCACUCUGAAGUCCGGAGGCCUUGUUCAGUCAACAGGAGGUCGAGUUGGUCUGAUUUGCGCCUUCACCGCAGUCGCAUUCUCGCUCUCCUUCAGCCAUUAUACUCGUCUCUACGCCUCCAUCGGCUGCAUAGCGUUCUCUGGAGCUACCAUCAUUGUUCUUGGAAUCGAUUGUUUCAGUCGAGCAGGAUAUAAAGAAUUCUGGAUCUACCUGUGGAAUUUGAACAACAGGGCCAUCUUCCCACUAGAGACUCAGACAUAUCCGGUGACUCGUGGCAUGACUGUGGAAAUCGCCGCGAUCAUCAUUCUGACCCUUUUUGCCGUCAUCUCGCAGUUGAAGCUGUGGAAGAUUGUGCGGGAGCGCAAGGACAAGAAGACUGCAGCUCAGGUCGAACGUCAGAAGCACCUAGAUGCCUUAGACUCGGAAGCUAACCUUCGAUAUCAAAAUCAAGUCGCGAGAGAACAAGAGGAGUGGGAAGCCACACACGGCGACAAAGAACAUGGCAAAGCUGUCGCAGAGUCAAAGUCAUCGAUCAGCGAUGUGCCUAAGCUGUCGAUGAGCUGUGCGAGUCAGGAAACGUCUCGUCGUUCCUCACAAGCGACACCCCAGGAGUCCGUUGAGAUGCUCAACAUUGAUAAGAUGAACGAUACGCGUUCUCCUUACUACGUUGCACCAGACACUGGUACAGUGACAGUCGCAAUUGCCGAGGAGGACGAGAUUCAUGAUAUUGAUCCCCAGGACAAGAGCUUUACGACACGACGAGACUCGGAAUUACCUGGGUACUGCUCUUCUUUGAACGAUGGAACCGACCGCAGGCAACAAGUGAAAUCACCGGACUCUUUUGUGAGUGAGGUUGCUAAGUUGACCGGUAGCAGGAGGACAUCUUUGCGAGCUUCUUCGUCGCUGCGCGUGUCCGUCCCUGCUCCAGCUGUCAUGCCACUACCAAUACCGAUUUUCACCUCGAACCGACACACCAACUCGAAUAGGGGUGAUGAUGAUGACGAUACAGCGAGCAAACGUGGUUCUAAACGAUUCUCCGCUACCUCUAGUCUCAAGAGACUAUCUCAGAUCAGCAAUCGCAGAUCUCAAGAUGUGUCCUCAUCACAGGAAGACCUCAUCAUCCCGCAUAUCGAAGAGGAUAGGAGGUCGUCGAUUGCAGCAACGCUAGACGGUCUGGACAUGGACGACUUUUCACUACCGCCAACCGCGCCUCCUUCUCGCCCAAACUCGUGGCUGAAUAUCCGAGACGAAUUACCAAAGAUCGAUGUCUACGAACCGGAUGGAAAUCUCAGCCCGACUUCAGAAGGCCGUCCGAGAAGCUUCAUGGACGUUGCGUCAGAAGUCGGCACAAUUGAGUCGUCGAAGAAUGCUUCAUGCAUUUCCAUCGGCCAGCAUGGUCUUCGUGGCUCAUUAACUCCUAGUACCAAUCCUAAACAUGUAAUGCAUGGUGCGACUCGAGAAAGACGCCAGCUGGAAAGAGCAAUACCAGAAGACAGUAAGUCCAAUCUUGACGACUCAGCUCUGGGGAGCCCGAGUACGGAGAGGGUGUCUCGCGUUACCAGUAUCACGGACCAACUACCCGACAAGCUAUCAAAGACAGCCUUGAUUUAUCGUACCAACGAAUGGAUCAAACAUGCUGCAGACGCUGAUCAGGAUGGUCUCGGCUCAGAUAAUCUUGAGCUUCAAGAGCCAGAGUCUCCAGGAACCCGGGUUGAGACCGGCUUCUCAUUCGAAGCUGCUGCACCCGUGAAUAUUGAGGAUCUCCAAAAGACGAUGGCAGAAACUAUCCCCGCUCAACCAGAGCCUGCGGCCCCAGUGUCGAGAAGACAAUCCAGAGAUAUACCCACUCCUAGUAUGAAUGGCCGGGCCAGCGCACUGGAGAGACUGGAGCGUCCUGCCUCAAGGAUUGCUCAGUCACCACCUAGUUUUCCUGCGGAAGAGACAACGCAAAGUAGUACCACGAUCCCCCAACCAAACCUGAUCAGACACGCGUCAGCUCCAAAAUUGGGGGGUCGAGGGAUGGGGUUCCGUACCUCGUCAACUCCAAUUAUUGACCAGAUCGUACAAGAAUCUCCUCUCGAGGAUCCAGAAGCCAGGAGCAGGGAUGUUGCGACGCCUCUACCGACUAAUACGCUCAUCAACCGACGUGAAAGCAUGAUGCGCAGUCGCAUCACGUCCACGAACUUUAACAGUACAUCACUUCCAAAUCUUCUUACUGCCAGCGCCAUACAACCUUCUGAUUCAGCGUCUAUCCGAAACAUGGCGACGCCGAGUCCACUGGGUACAGACGAAGAUGACAUCCCGCUCGCUGAGCGCAAGCAAAUGUUGCAGCAGCGUCGCUUCUCUGGUCCGCAGAGGAAUACCUUGAAUCCUACGCAAUCUACUAUGCAACUCAUUCCGCCGCCUGUUACACAGGUCCAUGCCAUCUACGACUCACACCAGCCAAAACGGACAUCCGGAGUUGACGCUGCAGAGCAAGCAAAUCGAAUGGCUCGCUGGCGCAUGUCGCAACGCGAACUCCUUGCUCCGUCGCGGCAGUCAGGAUUCGUGGAUGAGAACCGAAGACAGCAGAUGUUGGAGCAUCAACGGCAGUCGCAAAUGGCAAAACAGCAAGAAGAAGUAGCGGCUGUUAGUCGCGACAUGUUCUUUGAUGAUAUAAUGCGCAGAGGAGAUAUGCAAGACUUGCACCGAGAAGCAAUGCGAAAGAUGCAGGCGAAGGCCAAGGGCGCGCAUUGAAGGGUGUGAUGGUAUCGCAGUGUUACAAGAGGGCGCUGCCGCAAAUGCAAUGUCACGAAGGGAGGGAGGUAUUGUAGGAUUUUGGGCGCAGUGUUUCAUACCGCGCAGGGAUCGGUAUUUACGAGGACGGACUGGGAUAGAAAGACCGAAAGAGCUGGGAUACAAACGGGGCAACUCGGAUCGAGUUGAUCAUGAUUUUGAGAGUAUCUGCAGAGAGGAUGGAAAAUAUGAUAUCCAGGGUUUCACGGCCGGGUGGUAAGAUUCGUCAACGGCCUUUCAUAUAUAUGGGCAACUCGCAACGGGGUUGCACAAGAAAAAUAACAUCUGGCUAGACCAGACCUUACUUUUAAGCUACACACACAACAAACUAUACCUCGAUAUCUGUAUGUAGUGGCCAUUAAUUUAGUAAUGAUUAAUCAUCUCUUC